AUGUUUGGACCACUCUUGCAUCCCAUUGCUAUUCCGGAGAGGCGGCUUCCAUCCAAGGACUCCGCCGGGUCUCGAACCCCCGAGGAUGAUGGAGUCAUGACUCCUGCUCGCUCUGAUAUAUUCAAAUCUCCUUCCUCCUCCGUCCUAACCGGUUCCCCCCUCCAACUCCGCAACCUCCUCUACACAAACAGAGCUAGCUGA